AUGAAGGCUUCGACUGCGCUCCUGCUGGUUGGCUGGGCGGCUACCCGGGCUUUCUGCUACCCCGGACUAAGCCGCGCGAUGGCCGAGCUCCAGGGCCUCGAGGGUGGCCAGUCUUCGCUGGGCAAGCGGUCGACCGAGGUCAUAGGCGACCUAGCGAGCAUGCCCGACGACGCGCUGACGCCGAGCGGGACGGCGAUCAAGGAGAUCCUAGCGGGCGGCAGCGCGAACGCGGACAGCACUACGUACACGCCGCCGGGGGACUUCCUGUCGGCCACGUGCCAGCGCAUCCUCCUGUGCGUCUGGCACUGGGUCGUCGUCGAGCUGCGCGCCGCGUUCCGCGACGACGCCGGCUGCACGGCGCUGGCGCGCGGCGCCAUCCGCCAGGGCUUCCACGACGCGGCGACGUGGGACCGGGACUCGGCGUACGGCGGGGCGGACGGGUCGCUGCUGCUCAACGACGAGGAGCUCGCGCGGCAGGACAACAUGGGGCUGGCGGAGAUCGCGGCGCAGACGCGGGCGUGGCACGCCAAGUUCGCGCCGUACGGGGUGGGGAUGGCGGACCUGAUCCAGACGGCGGCGCUGGUGGCGACGGUGUCGUGCCCGGGGGGGCCGCGGAUCCGGGCGUUCGUGGGGCGGCGCGACGACGCGCGGCCGGGGCCGGCGGGGCGGCUGCCGCUGCCGUUCCAGGACGCGCCCGAGCUGCUCGCCCUGUUCGCGGCCAAGACCUUCACGCCGGGUGACCUGGUCGCGCUGCUCGGCGCGCACAGCGCGUCGGCGCAGCGCUUCGUCGACCCGGCGCGCGCCGGCACGCCGCAGGACUCGACGCCGGCCCGCUGGGACACGCGCUACUACGGCGAGACGCUCGCCGGCGACAACAGCACCAUCCUCAUCUUCCACAGCGACAGCAGCAUCGCCGCGUACGCCGAGACGCGCGCGCGCUUCCGCCAGUUCGCCGCCGUCGGCGGCCAGAUCCUGUGGAAUCCCGCCUACGCGCAGGCGUAUUUCCGCAUGAGCAUGCUGGGCGUCACCAACCUGAACAACCUCACCGAGAUCACCUGGGUGCUGCCCCUGGCGCAAUAG